CGCGAUCAAGGCGAUCGCCUUCGUGUACGACAUCAUCACCCUUCCGGUUUACUUGGUGCUGCAAAAGCCCUGGAAACGCCGCCAGGACUCGCGCCGAGUGAAGCUGUUUGCAAUUGCACAAGUUGUCAGGCCAUAAAGACAUCGCAUGUGGUCCCGAUAAGAGAACCAUGAAUCAGGACUUGUUAGGGGUUUAGAAAUCAUAAAAUAUCUCUACCAUCUUUUCAAGUAUCAAGUAAGCUUUGCAAGUGGGAAAUCCUUAGCUCUCUGUGCAAAAACAAAAAAAAGCAUUUUCGAAGUGAGAGUUUAGCUGAUAACAUUUCCUACAAAUCAAAUUUGUCAUAUUCCCUGGAAGCUAUUGAUAUGGCGUUUCAUAGCUGGUCUUCGGUGCCUGUCGUCAAGGCCGAUGACGACGAUCAGGAGUUAGUUGAUCCGCAAGCAGCCCUUAGGGAGAAGUGCCAGGCCAAAGGUCACAUUGGGUCCCUGUACAACAAGUAUCAAGAGUGCAAUGAUCGCGUGAAUGGCAAGUCCAAAACAACUGAGACGUGCAUGGAGGAAUUGUUCGACUUCGUUGCUGAGUUGGAUCAUUGCGUUGCUCACAGUCUUUUCUCGAAACUAAAAUAAUUUCAAAUUCAAGAACGAAUAUCGCGAUAAACACUGCCUUACAAUAAAAUUAACAAAUAAAUAAAGGUAUCAAUUCAAAACAAAAAUUCUAGCUGCCUAGAAGGAACCAACACAA